GUGGGAACCUGGUGAUGGAGAUGUACAAUCCCAAGGGUAGUGUUGCUAGCCCUAGGAUCUAUCUUCUUGCCGAGGAUGAGAACAAGUACGAGAUGCUCCAGUUGACCGGCAAUGAGCUCACCUUUGAUGUCGACGUUUCGAAGCUACCAUGCGGCAUGAAUGGUGCUCUAUAUCUCUCUGAGAUGGAAGCAGAUGGUGGACGAUCAGCGCUUAACCCUGGAGGUGCCUCCCGGGGCACGGGCUACUGUGACGCUCAAUGCUUUGUCACUCCUUGGGUGAACGGGGUCGUAAGUAUAUACUCAACUCUUCUCCCAAUGCUCAACUCACUCUUCACAGGGCAACGUUGCCGGUCAGGGUGUCUGCUGUAACGAGAUGGAUAUCUGGGAAGCAAACAGCCGCGCCAACCAAAUCGCUCCUCAUACGUGUAGCAAGGAUGGCCUCUUCCGCUGCACUGGCGAGGAGUGCAAAUCUAACGGUCUGUGCGACAAGAAUGGCUGCGGCGACAACCCGUAUCGACACCGCGGGGCAAAGGACUUCUACGGUCUCGGUCUCAAGGUCGACACCUCCAAGCCGUUUACUGUCGUCACUCAAUUCCCUGCCAAAGACGGCGUCCUCCAAGCCAUUGUGCGCAAGUACGUUCAAAACGGCGUCGUCAUCGAGAAUGCAGCGACGAACAUCACCAUGGACCAAGCGUACUGCUCAGCGCAAGGCGGUGCAGAAAUGUACAGCAAGCUGGGUGGCCACAAGGGUAUGGGAGAUGCUCUUGCUCGCGGUAUGGUUCUCGCCAUGUCGAUUUGGUGGGAUGAGGGCGGCUUUAUGAAGUGGCUCGAUUCUGGAGAGGCUGGUCCCUGCAAUGCGACUGAGGGUAAUCCGAAGGUCAUUCCGACGAUUGAGAAGGCGCCUGUUGUCAAGUUCAGCCAGAUCAAGUGGGGCGAGAUUGGGUCGACGUUUGCAGAGAAGAACCACACGAUGUAUCGUUGGAGGGCGUAGAGUAUGAUGACUGUAGGAGCAGUGAAACUCUCGUUAGAAUAAAGAGAGACGAGUACAAUAUGCGGGGUUUAAAAGUUUUACAUCGAGCCUAUAAGCCAUCUACUUUAGUGGUGAUGGGAC